AAUGGCGUUUGAGAUAGGUUCCUAUCUUCAAAAUAUUGAUGACAUCCCUCUUCGAAAGAGACUGAUUUCUGAUAAUAAAGAGCAAAAGGCCUACAGCUAUUUUGCAUCCGGCUGGAUGAAGGAAGUAGAAUUCCAUCAGAUCACCCCAGACAGCAAGUUGUGCUUUCUUCGCACGAAGUGCAGACCAUCUCAACGUAAACAUGACAUGCCUUGGAGUUUGUGGGCUGCUGUUGAGAAACAGAGUGGAGUCGUGCAUAGUGCUUUUUGCCAGUGUUUUGCUGGGUACAGCUCAACAUGCAACCACGUAGCUGCUUUGCUCUUCAAGAUUGACUUUGCGUGGCGUCAUGGGCUCACUAAUCCAGCCUGCACUUCAAGGGAGUGUGAAUGGUCAGCAUUUGCAGGCAAGAAUGCGGUAGACUGUGCACGGUUUCAAGACCUGACCUGGAGCAAGCAUCAGUUUUCGAGACAAGCUUCAUCUCCCAGAGCUGAAGGAAGCAACACCACCACACGUCGCCUCUUUGCGCCAUUGAGCAGCAGAUCGAUGACAGGGAAGUCCACUCUGAAGUCCUUGACGGAAGAAUUCAGCUCAACCUUCCCAAAAGCCAGCUGCUUCCAGUUCGUCAACGUUACCGACGACAAGCAGCAUAAAAGUUCCUGAGGUCGCAGCUGAAGAGGAGGUUUCUUCGCUAAACCUACCUCUACCACUCCCAGUGUACGCUUCACAUUUCUCCUCAGGGGAAGAUUUCCUCAAGGAACUGCCUGUCUA